AUGAUAAUCAAAAGGGACCGCUCAGGCGCCCAAUCCACAGACAUUAUUGUGGGUGGUGUGGUUGUCCUCGCCGUCCUCUGCCUUACGAUCCUCAUUUUCCUCAUCCUACGAACACUCCGUAUUCGAAAUUACGAACCCAGAUUCCUCCCAACCAAUUUUUUAAAGCGCAAAUGGAAAAGCUGGAAUCCACGGUCGACGGCGUACGGCCAGGUUCCCCCCGGGUCGACACCCGCAACGGAACAGGUUGGCACGUCGGCGAUUGAUCAGUCGCAGAGUACGGCGUAUCAAGGCAGCGGAAGUGCGCACACUGAAGCCGCACAGGUAGCAAUUGACCGAAACACCUCGAUCCGAUCGAUCAUGACACUUCCCGCAUAUUCGCCCAGCCCGAAACCAUCUGAACAGGUGAUUGGAAGGGAGGGCGAACGGGGAGGCAUGGACGUUGUGGUGGAAUUUCCGGAAACAGUGGAUGAGGAAGAGAACCGCAGAGAACAGGAGAUGGAAUCUCUCUAUCAGAUUAGACUCGCCCGCAGACGGGAAAUUGCUGAGCGGGAGGAGCGGCGUCGUCAACGCCGGGAGGCACGCGAACGCGGAGAUCGGGUGCUUCUGGAACGGCUUCGGGCGGAGAGUCGCGCACGGACAGAAACUCGAGCGAACGACCGGGAAUCUACAUCUGCGGCGAGUCUGUUGGCCGAACAUCGAUCGCGGGGACGAGACCGGCGAGUAUCAAGUGUCUCGUACGCAGAUGUUGGCCACGUCCGCCACGACGGCUCCAGGGUUCGUGCCAGCUCCCAAGGUUCGGAUUCUAGGCCAUUGUUGGACACUGCGGCUUCAAUGGGUCAGGAUGGCAACGGACAUCUGGGUAUGCAUCAUCGUACAUUUUCCGGCACAUCAAUUCUGUCCCAAUCAACCGUUUCCGACAUGGACAAUAGCGGCACUCCAGGGACCGACAUUGGCGAUUCAACCAUCUCAAAUCCUCCACCCUAUGAACAUUUGGAUUUAGACGAGGCACCCCCCUACUCUGACGUGCCGCAAGACUCCAGCCGACCGGCUGAGCCCCCUUCAAACAGUACUGUACCUAGUAUCGCUGUUGAAACUGCCACACCGCCUCCAAGCACCCCUAGCUCUCCUGUCUCUCCCAGACGAAACUUUGCAUCGGCCUCCACAUAG